UUUAAAGCUCCAGGCCCGCAAUGAAACAGACACUCAAAAGGCAAAGUGAAGUGGGUGGAAACCCGGCGGGAAGAGUUAGAGGGGGAAGCCUGGAGCUGCCCCCAACCCCCUAGGAAAUCGGGGGCCCCCAUCUCUUCCAGGGCCCACCAACUAUUCAAGCAGCGUCUCACUCCCUGGCAGGGGAAACGGGCCAGUGAGGGUGGAGGGUGGGCUCUAGAGCCGGGAUCGAAUCCCCCUGGCCCCCGGCUCUCCGGGCAGUGCCCAGAACACAGCAGGGGCCCCGAACACGUCGGACAGCUCCAGAGGGCAGGGGAUGUGCUUGGGGUCACAAGGCCCUACCCCACUGCCACCGCACACGGCCUGGGCAGAGUCUAGGGGGAACCUGACUUCAAAUCUCACUCCGGGCACCUACUAGUGCGAGACUCAGGGGAACUUAGUGACUUAGCCUCCACUCUAAAAUCGAGUCACAAUGCCAGAGACCAGGCCAUGGAGUGUACUGUGAACCUUAGGGUGUUAUACAAAUGUCAGCUAGGAUCUUUAUCCUUAGACACCCUCUCCCACCACCCCCAGGAGCUGGGAGGAAAGCAAACUUCAGUUUGGGAAAGAUACUCCUGCCUCCUCUAGCCGCUGGUGAUUUCCUGUUCCUUACAGUAUGGAGUCCAAGCUAGGAUCACAUUGAUUCCGAAAUACCUGAGUUUGCGUUCCACCACAGACACCACCCACUGGCUCUGUGCUCUAAACAGUCCACUUAACCUCUGGGCCUCGGUUUCCCCAUCUGUAAAAUGGGCAUCAUCAUAAUAAUAAUUAUAUCGGCCACUUCAGAGGAUGAUGGUGAGUCUCACAUGAGAUAAUAUCUGUAAAACACUUUGGAAACCUGAAAGUGCUACAUAAACGUGAGCUGUCUGCUAUUUACAUUUUCAAUGAAAUUUUAUUGACAAGCUGUUGUUAUUGUUACUAUCCUCCAUAGCCCACAGGAUAAAGGUCAAAAUCGAUUCAGUGCAAUAAUCAUUUAAGUGCCUACUAUGUGCCAGGCAGGUGAAGCUAACUUCUGAGUUUGGCAUUCAAGGCUUCUAUAACCAAGGUUCAACUUCUCUCUCCAUCCUCAGGCCCAUUUCCCAGCCCCUAUCGCAGCCCUGAAGCCUGCCCAGUCAAGUAGUAAGUCCUUCAAGAAAUACUUCCAGCCCUUUUUCCAGGAGCUGCUGAACACCACCAAUGCAAAUCCUUGGCACUCACGGUCUGCCUUAUACAGCUACAGACUGGGAGCUCCCUGAGGACAAGGACCAGUUGUCAUUCACUUCUUUUUUCCUUAACUUCUAAAGGGAUUUACAGCCAAAGAGAGAAGCUUAGAAUCAGAAAGUACUUACAAUCUAGAACACUCAGACUGUGAAGCUCAGCCACAAGGCCUCCAUUUUACAGAUGAAAAAACUGAGGUCCAGAGGCAAUGGAAUUGCACCAGGGUCAAAGCAAAUGUCUAAGGCCAUCUAUGCACCUCUACCCCUGCCCCACACACACAGAGCAGAUGCCAGGGCACAGAGCUGGGGGUGUGCCUCCCACUUCAGGGCUCUUCACUACAUCUUAUGCUCAGGCACCCCUUCACUGGACCAAGGACAUAGAGCCCCUUUAUCCUUGGUCCCCAGAUCUCAUCUUGAUGGGGCUCCUUAGGGACAUGAAAGCCGAGAGGCUGAUACCCAGAUACAAGGCCCAGCUCUGAUGGCAGAAAUAAGCGACCUGGAUCAGACCUGGCUGUCUCUUACUACCAGUCCUUUGUCUAGGAAUAAAAUUCCCUUUGCCCAGCCUUAAUCUUGUGCCCUUCCCCUUUUGGGGAUAUCAGUUUCCCCAACUGUAAAAUGAAGAGGCAGACAGUCUAAGGUGCUUCCCAGCUCUGACAUUCCUCCCAGCUCAGAUAUUCCGGGUUCUAAAAUCCUUUCCUGUUGCGACAUGGCCUGUUGUUCCAAAGUCUCUCUCCACUCUGAUAUUCUCUGUUCUGUGGCCUCUCUCAGCCUUGAUGUUCCAUGUUCUAAGGUCAAUCCAGGAUCCGACAUUCCCUGUUCUAAGAUCCCUCCCAGCUCCGACACCCUGAAAUAUGGGGGCCCUCCAGGCUCUCUGGCUCUCCGGGUUCCCUGAACUCCCUGGGGAUUCUGCAAGGAGGAAUAAUACCGAUGGUCAGGCUGGUCCCAGACCAAGGAUGGGGUGCUGAUGGAUGGUCCAGGGGACUUCGGGGUGGCUGAGGUUUCUGGGCGUCCAAUGAUCUCUGGAGCCACUAAGGGGCUUUGACUUCGUACAAACACACCUGCCCGCUCCUCUUACGGAUGGGAAACUGAGGCCAAAGACGCCCGCUCCCCCCCCUGCACAGAUGUGGGGCCCCAGUGGACACCUGUAUCCCCCUGAACGGCCCCAAGGAGGCCCUGGCUGCGGAAUGGGCCCACUCUGCCCCAGUGAGAGAAAACAGAGGCAAAAUCACACCAGCACGCUUCAAGAGUUAGCCACGCUACUGCCUAUCCCCCUGCAGGCCAGCAGCAAAAAACUCACCAAGAAGGAGAUUCUCCUGCACGUUCUGCACUAUAUUGAGCACCUCCAACGAAGCAUCGAUGUGGCCAAGUCUCUUCUCUUAUGCCAGCCCUCAGACAAAGAAGAACGAAGGGCAGUGGCCGCAGAUCCUCAUCCAUGCCUGGCCCCGGGCAGAGGCCCCUCCCAGCCAGGGAGGCAGCCUGCCGACCAAUCGACACCAAGCAGAAGCGGAGGAGACGCUGCGGGGGGAGCCGCUCUCCCCAGAAGACUCCCCACCCCCUGCGGACACCUGGAGUCCUGGUCGCCCCCGGCCCAUGGAGGAGCUGGGCUCACACUUCUGGAGAUGGCUGAAGGCGGGGUUCAGUUCUGCUUAGCAAGGAGCCAAGCAGAGCUGUCCCCUGCCUCCCCUGCUCCAUCCUGUUGUGGAGAAGCCAGUGCCCAGGAAGAGCGCCCCUACCCCACCUGCCAGGCCCAGAUGACAGCAGGUGGUGGGUGGCUGACACCUCCCCCCUGGAGUGAGCCUCUGCCCAGGCAGAAGCUGGUGUUCUAUGACUCCUGUGAGGAGGAGGAGGAGGCGGCAGUGGACACAGGGCCUUGGCUCUCAGCCUGGUCCCCCGACAGCAGCCCCCACUGGAGCCCCGUGGUGAAUACUCCUAGGCCUAGCAGCUGGCCUGGAGUUGGCCAGCCAAGUGAGGUGCUUGGCCUGAGCCCCUCGCUCUUUACCUCUCCGGGGCGACUGUUGUCUGGGAAGCUUCUUCAGGAAGGCACAGAGAGCUUCACCCAAGCUCUCUUUGAAGAUGUCUGCCUGAGUCCUCAGUCCUCUUCCUCCUCUGCCAGCCUGGUUGGGGCUCCACAGAAGAAGCCCCAGGACCCAGCCCCAUCAGCCCCUGGAGGCCCUCUCCACUCCCUCAACUUCUUCCAGUCAGCAUUCUCCCUAGACCACUGUUACCUCUCGCUGAGUGAGACCAGCAAGAUUGACUCCAGCCCCAGCUCAGGGGCGACAGAACUGGUGUCCCUGUGGAACAGACGGCAGGAGGCCUCCCAGUCCACCCCAGAUGGCUUCCUGUCCUCCAGCGACGAGGAUGGCGACCGUACCUGGACCCCCACCAAGCAUGCCUCUCCUCUGCCUGCCUCUGGGAAGAAGCGGAGGAGGGGCCGGGCAGGGCCCAGUGGCAGCAGCCUUGGCAAAUACAAGGAGAGCAAGAAGACACACCGUCCUUUCCAGCUGAAGAAGAAAUGUGUCAACGGCUUCAUCAUGUUCUGUCGCCUCAACCGCAAACAUUACAUUCGAGCCUGCCCGGGCACGGCAUCCACUGUGGCUACCAAGGCACUGGCACACCUGUGGCGGGUCAUGACCAAGCAAGAGAGGAGGCCGUACUGGUGCGAGCGCCCCUCGGUGAUGCCCUCCCCCAGCAUCAAGGCCCGCAAGUUCAGCCGCCAGCACAACCGCGUCGUCAGGCAGGACUGUUCCAGCGAGGACGAUGACCGCUUGUCCCCCAAGCCCUUCCACCUGCUUCUGGCUGAGAAGGCCCUGUGCUUCCCAGGCCUGGUGUGCACAAGCUCCCCUCUGGGGGACCCUCUCCCUGACAGCCCAGCAUCUCUGUGAAGCAGGGGCUGCCCCUUCUUUGACCUCAGGGUGGCCAGUGGGGGAGGGGCCUGGCCCCCAUCACCCCCUCUGCUGGGGAUUUGUUGGCCUCUGAGCAUGUACGUGCAGGGGCUAAGAGGCUAGUCUGCACCCCUAUUUAUCCUGUAGGAAGGGGGGUACCUGGGGAGACCCCAGGCCAGAGGGCGACAAACUCACGCUCCCGCUUUCCUCAGCUUUGGGUUAGGAUCAAAUAUUUGAAACCCAAUUGUCCUCUCACUCCACCCCACCCCCCCAACUGUUAUAUUUAUAGAUUAUUUAUUGUUCUAAAAAUAAAAUCAUACUUGUUCUUGAACUUUCCCUGCAGAAUGCUGGGUUGUAAUACUGUCCUGGCACGGAAACAGAAGCUGCCCCUGAUCCUGGGACACGCACAGGGGUGAUGAGGGGCGGGGCAAACUGUUUCUGGCUUCUCCAAAUCGUCCCCCCUUCCCCAGCAGUCUUGCUUGGUGGUCAGACCACAAACCCCACGUUCCUUCCCUCCCUGUGACUUCCCUCCCAGAAGGAAGCGAAAGCUCAGUUGGGGUUGAAAAAGGGCAUCAGGAAAGGGUGCUGACUUGCCCCCACGCCCCCAGGAUCAGAGGCCCCCCCUGCAUUUCUGGGUCUGGUUUAUUGAAAUUGAGGCAGUAACAUGUCCUAGAAAAAUAUAAAGAUUUGGGAAGGUACAAACCAAGGUCAGGAAGGUUACCCCCUCUUGGGAGGAAAGAUCUUUGGUCUGGGGUUAAGGAGGGAUUGUGGGGCCCUCACUGCCACCACCCAGACACUGUUGGCUACUUGGGAGACACGUGCACAUGUUGGUAGGGCCCUAGGCCGUCUCACACUUGCCCACACCCUCUUCUGGGACCUCUCAAAUUAACAGCCAUUUGCAGGUCAGGGCAGGGUGUUCAGGAGGGGUAGGCCCAAGGACCGUAGUGUUUUUCCACAGACAAUUCACAGCCAGUACCGGAUUUGACAGGGAUGGGUGUGCAGCCACCCCUCAGUCCCCCCAAGAAUGGCUCCAGGCAGGUGGGGGGGGCAUAUACAGGAAGGUAGGGGCUGUAACAAGCUGAAGCCUCCACUUCCAGGAGAAUUGAGGGCCCCCCAGAAGGAGACGGGCCGGGGGGGGGCCUCUGACCCCAAGGAGAUGGGGUGAAUUAGUGUUAUGAUUUGGAAGACAGUAGCAUUUGUGGUAGACACAGGACCCCUGAUUCCCCUUUGGCCCCUUGAAGAAGGAAGGACGCUGCAGUCUUCAGAGCACCUCAUUUGGAGAGUGAAGUAAGGGAGAAGAACACAGAGGUAUGGAUCCGCUCACAGCUCCAGUGGCUCCUCCACAGGCACUGACUGCAGCUGGG